AUUUCUAUCAAUACUACUUCAAUGACUAUCACUCAUUACCCAAAAAACCAAUCAAGUAAUGGAGGAGAAGAAGAAGAAAUAAGCCAUGAAUGCAAGGAACUUCUUCUUUCUCUUCCCAAAGAAAAAGGGUGGAGAACCUCUCAUCUCUACAAGUACCAAGAGUUUUGGUGCCAAGCAAUUGAAAUCCAAUCCAUAGUCUCAUUCCAAAGGCACUUCCAAGCAAGUGACAAUGAUGUUGUAUUAGCCACCAUUCCAAAAUCAGGCACCACAUGGUUAAAAGCUUUGGCUUUUGCUAUUGUGAAUCGUAAGCGUUUUGCUUUGGAAAAUAAUCAUCCUUUGCUUACUUCAAACCCUCAUGAUCUUGUGCCUUUCUUUGAGUACAAGCUCUAUGCCAACCGCCAACUUCCUGAUCUCUCCAACCUUCCACACCCUAGACUUUUUGGCACCCAUCUUCCAUUUCCUUCCUUGCCUGAUUCAAUCAAGAAGUCCGGUUGCCGGGUUGUUUAUAUUUGUCGAAACCCUUUUGACACUUUCAUCUCCUCAUGGCAUUUUCUUAACAAAAUUGAUCCUGGAUCUAAAGCUCCAAUGUCACUAGAUGAAGCCUUUGAAAUGUAUUGUAAGGGCGUAAUUGGAUUUGGUCCCUUUUGGGACCAUAUGUUGGGGUACUGGAAAGAGAGCAUAGGGAGACCUCACAAGGUGUUGUUCUUGAAGUAUGAGGACCUGAAAGAAGAUGUCACUUUUCACUUGAAAAAGCUAGCAGAGUUUCUGGGGUUCCCAUUUUCUUUGGAGGAGGAGAGAGCUGGUGAUGUUGAAAAGAUAGCAAAACUUUGUAGUUUUGAGAAUAUGAAGGAGUUGGAGGUAAACAAGGCUGGCAAGUCUAUUAAGUACUUUGAAAACAAAGCCUUGUUUAGGAAGGGUGAAGUGGGAGACUGGGUUAACUAUCUGACACCAAGAAUGGUGGAGCAAUUGGCCAAGGUGGUGGAGGAAAAGUUAGGUAGUUCUGGUUUGUCAUUUAAAGUGUUCUCUUAGGAUAAAGAAUAAAGUCCUUUGUUCCAUUAUUAGUGUUCUACUUUAUAUGCAUACUCUAAUUAUAGUCUGC